ACAUCCGCUUUCUCGAUGCCGAAGUGAACGUUCCAGAGUAAUGGCGGCAUGCCGGGGUUCUUCGUCGAAAUGGUUUUUCACCCGGGAGCAGCUGGAAGACACUCCGUCCCGCCGAAGUGGAGUAGAAUCAGACCGGGAGCUCUCCUACCGACAACAAGCGGCGAAUCUGAUCCAGGACAUGGGUCAACGGCUUAACGUCUCUCAACUGACAAUAAACACAGCAAUCGUUUACAUGCAUAGAUUUUAUAUGCAACAUUCUUUCACCAAAUUUCAUCGAAACAUAAUAUCCCCAACCACCUUGUUUUUGGCUGCAAAAGUGGAAGAGCAACCCCGGAAGCUCGAGCAUGUAAUUAAAGUAGCACAUGCUUGCUUAAAUCCACAGGAAUCUCCUCUAGACACGAAAAGUAACGCAUACCUCCAGCAAGCUCAAGAGCUGGUGAUACUUGAAUCCAUUGUGCUGCAGACCCUGGGCUUUGAAAUUACUAUUGAUCACCCACACACUGAUGUGGUGAAAUGUACCCAGCUAGUGCGAGCAAGCAAGGAUCUGGCACAGACUUCCUAUUUCAUGGCUACCAACAGUUUGCACCUCACUACCUUCUGCCUCCAGUACAAACCCACCGUGAUCGCCUGUGUAUGCAUACAUCUGGCCUGCAAGUGGUCCAACUGGGAGAUCCCGGUUUCCACUGAUGGGAAACAUUGGUGGGAGUACGUGGACAGCACGGUGACUCUGGAGCUGCUUGAUGAGCUGACCCACGAGUUUCUGCAAAUUCUAGAGAAAACUCCAAGCAGGCUGAAGAGAAUACGGAACUGGAGGGCGACCCAAGCUGCCAAAAAGCCCAAGAGUGAAAACUCGCAGUCAACAGACAACACGUUUUCCGGGCCUUCGUUGCUUCAGGACCACGGGGACGCCGCGCUUCCUGGAGUUUCCUUGUCCAACCCGAGUUUUUCCAAAGCGUGCGCCGCGUUUUCCGUUCCCAUGCCGGGUCAUUCCAGAGGAGUCGCCAUGUCUCUGGACGCCAUGGCCGCCGCGUACAAUCCAGCUAGCCACAGCGAAUGGCCUCAGCUCAACCCGAGCCACACGGGGUACCCAUCUGCCUGCGUCAAACAGGAGCCGCUCAGCAUCCCCAUCCAUGAAUCCAUGCUGUCUCUGCAGACUUCCUCUUUGCUCCAGCACCCGUCGCCUUACAAGACUGAAAAAACAGUAGAUUUGAACCUAGUCAAGCAGGAGAAAGGAAGCGGAGGCAGCGGGGCGGGGAAACAUCACCCAACACCUCAGUCUGCUUACCCGGCCUCCGCGCAGCUUCCUCCAGCUCAGCCUCCGGUCCAGAAACUGUCUCUAGAUAAAUACAGAGAGAAACACUCUGCAGAGUAUAACGCCCAGAAGCGUAGGCAAGAGCACCACGGAGGAGUAAUGGACUCUGAUGUGAAAGGAGCUUUGACCACGUCUACCUAUGCAGCGCCCAACAUUAGCCACAUAGAGCAUAGAAAACACGCACAGCCCCACCAGGCCUCCCACAGCAGCAGCACUACAGCUUCCCCGUUGAAAAUGAAAGUCCCCUCGGCGUCGGGGCAGGACCGGCGCCACCACGGAGACAAGGGCGCGCUCAAGCUCCGCGUGCCCGUCCCCGGCUCCAGCGGCAACGCUCAGCCGGAGAAAGGCGGGCCGCCCGGCAAGGACGAGUUCAAGAUGAAGAUCAAGGUUUCGUCGUCGGAGCGGCACAGCUCGUCAGACGAAGGCAUUUCCGCCGGCAAGAGCAAACAUUCCAGCCCGCUGGUGAGCAAGGAGAAGCACCGCGGAGCAGAGCACGGCCUCCAUCGCUCCCACAAGCACAGCGGCAACGGCCGAGGGGCCGAAGGGGGUCCGGGCGCCGGCCUGCUGCGCGUUCCUUCGGGGCUGCCGGCCAUGGAGGGAGCCGCCCUCAGUCAUCCCGGGUCGGCCCCUCUGACGUCCUCGUCGCGAAAGAGGGCCUACGGCGAGGGCGGCCACAACCACCACCCCUCGUCCUCGACUUCCUGCUCCAAAGUGAACAAAAUCUCCAAGAGUGGCACUAGUGCUGCAGGUGGGCUGCGGACCUCUCAGCAGUUCCUUCCUCCUAGCGAAUCGCCACAUGAAGUGGGGGAACAGAGACACUGAGUCCGCCGCUCUGCAGCCAAUGCCACAACCUGGAACUGGCACCAAACUACCGACCACUGAGACUUUGAAGACUAUGCCGACCUCCUUGUCAAGUGCCCUAAGAAAUAACGCUUUGUGAAUAUAAACCCUUCACUGAGAGGCAGAAAACAUUUCUGCACCAAAAACAAAAACAAAAGUAUUGUUGGACUUCUCUGUUUGUGAGAGAUAAGAUGAAUAAUUAUGCUUCCUGUCAAACCGUGGGGGCUGCGACGUUCAGUCCCGUCUCUUGUUGGUGUGAAUCGCUGCUCAGUUAUCGCUUUCUCCUCCGAUGGGUCGAAGAACGCGCAAACGUAGACGCCAGAGGUGGGGAGAGAUCGGAGGGAGGCUCCCGUCUCCGCGUUGUCAGACCUCCACGUGGGAGGACAAGUAUUACAAGUUCUAUAAAAGCAUGGAAGGUGCACUUUCUUCAUUUUCAUGUUUUUUUUUGUUUUUGUUUUUUAGUAAUUUAAUUAAAUUGCGUGACUAUAUGGAAGAAGUUGACGGCCAGCAGGAGAUGAGUUUAGUUUCUGUUUGCUUGAUAUCGUUGAUGGAUGCAAUAUUUUUUUUUUUAGGUGUAAAGUUCCAUCUCUAAAAUUACUUUUACUGGUCCUGGUUUCGUUUUAUACUUCAAAACUGCAUUUGAUUUGCAUGUUUCAAUCAAAGGGAUGAGAGACGAGUGCUUACUUGCUGUUUACAAAAAAAAAAAAAAAAAAAAACGGAGAUAAAUGUACAUAAGUUUCUUUUGUAUGUUUAAAGAAGAAGCUAUACCAUGACUACUCAGGUUUGGAGCUGCUUGUAAUUGUAACACGACGGCUAUAAUACCUAUAAAAGUUUUAUUUCGCUGAUUAAUGGCUUUGGGGUCAUCGACUGACAGCAUUCCAGGAGUUGGAGACGUUCUGUUGGCGCCGUAUGGUUUUCCUAACCUUCGAUUUCCGCUGCGGCAUCUGAAAUCAGAGCAACCGUUUGAUGUUUUGAACCAAAUACCUUGACUUCAAAGUAAACCUUAAGCUGGAUGCCAAAGGUUGUGCCUCACCAUAAGGGAUACUACUAAUACUACGGUUUACAACAAGUGGCUCAAACAUUACAUAGAGUUAACAGUCCAUAUCAUCACACAUUUAGGUCAAAUUAGAUCUACUAAUCUAAAGGUACUCCGUGUCUUUGGCAUCAUUCUGUUUCUUGCAGGCGACGUCGGGCCGAGUGAGAUUGUCUUGCAUCCGGAAAUAGUUUUAACAUUUAAAACAUUACAUUCGGUAAACAUUUCUCUAGGAGUGUACCACCUUAUCCCCUGUAUGCUGUAGAGCAUCCGACCACGACGGGUUAAGGCCGGUGUUGUUUCUACGUAAUAAAGGAUUUAAAGUUGAGCAUAAAAAAAAGCAGACUUUUUUUUUUUCUUCAGAUAAAAUAUGAACCACUCAUC